AUGAUGACUAUGGAUCAAUCCUCUGGUUUUGAUAAUACUUUAAUGAAUUUCAAUAAUGCAAAUAAUUCAUUUAAUCAAUCAGCAUAUUCAUUAAAUGACCCUGAUGUUGACUGGAGUGUAUUUGAAAAUGCUGAUCGAUAUUUAUUACGUGAUGAUAGUGCAUGGAUAACUCGUUUAAGUAAAGAUUUUUGGUGGAAUCUCGAACGUAUAUCAGAAAUGACAACAACCGAUGUUAAUCAAACUCAACAAAUAAAUUCAACAAAACAUAUUCCUCAACAAGUUUUAUCAUCAUCUAUGCAAUUAAAUGGUGUUUCAACACGUAAAAUUGUUGGUCAACGUUCAACAAUAGCACGACCAAAUAGAAAUAACAUUCCAAUAAAAACAAAUUCUUCAUCAACAUAUGAUCAAGAUUUUGAUUAUAAUCCAUUUCAAUCAAAAAUAUCAUUUGAUAAUAAUAUAUGGACAAAUUAUUCACAACAAGCAAUCCCAUGGCAAUAA